AUGGGUCUUUCCACUAACCUCACGGAUGUUGCCAGUGAGGUGGACGUUAUCAUCGCCGGAGGUGGCACCGCUGGAUGUAUUAUUGCGGGACGACUAGCAGCAGCAGACCCAAACCUGUCUAUCCUAGUCAUCGAACAAGGACAAGACAACUACAAUGUUCCAACCAUCACCAACCCCGCUCUCUAUCUCACUCACCUGGCCCCCACCAGCACAACGGCCCUUUUCUACAAAGGCAACAAGGCGGCUCAGCUAGCAGACCGCGAAGCCAUCGUCCCUUCCGGAGGCACAUUGGGUGGUGGAUCGUCGAUUAAUUUCAUGAUGUACACGCGAGCCCAACGAUCCGACUUUGAUUCUUGGAAGACGCCUGGUUGGUCUGCGGAUGAAUUGCUCCCGUAUCUGAAGAAGCUUGAAACGUACCACGGAGAGGAUCCAGACAACGUACAUGGCCGUGAUGGUCCGAUCAACGUGUCAGACGGAACGUUCCGCGGUGUCAACGCCGAGAGUGACUUUAUCAACGCCGCUGGUGAAGUCGGCUGGCCCGAGAUACCAGACUUGCAAAAUCUCAAAUCCAACAACGGCUUCCAGCGGUGGAAACGGUUUGUCUCACCUGACGGGAAACGCCAAGACACAGCCCAUAGAUACCUUCACCCGGUUCUUCAAGACGGGAAGCACCCUAACCUGCACGUACUGGUUGAGUCCUCUGUGGUUCGCGUUUUGUUCGACGACAACAAGAAGGCUGUCGGCGUCGAAUGCAUUCCAAACCCCAUCUUUAAGGCUAGCACUUCCCUUACUAGCGUUGCUAAACAAACCAUCAAGGCGAGGAAGUUGGUGGUGGUCUCCUCCGGGGCCUGCGGCACGCCUCCUAUCCUCGAGCGGUCUGGAUUAGGUGACCCUGCUAUCCUCAAGCGCGCUGGUGUGCCGGUGGUGGUCGACUUGCCCGGCGUCGGUCGAGACUACCAAGAUCACAACCUAGUCUUGUAUCCUUACCGAACGAAUCUGCAGCCACACGAGACAAUCGACUGUAUCCUCAGUGGUCGCUUGGAUGCCGCAAAGCUUAUGGAAGAAAAGGCCAAAAUCCUCGGAUGGAAUUCUAUCGAUAUCUCUGCCAAGCUUCGACCAACGGACGCAGAAGUGGCAUCGCUGGGACCUGAGUUCCAGGCUGCCUGGGAUCAAGACUUCAAACCAGUUCCAGAUAGGCCAUUAAUGCUGAUGGGGCUAGUAUCAUGCUUCCUCGGAGACCCAACCACUGUUCCAGCGGGUCAAUACAUCACAACCGGCAAUUACACCGGAUACCCAUACUCAAGGGGCCACAUGCACAUCACCGGCCCCGAAUGUGGCGACGCGCUCGAUUUUGACGUUGGCUUUUUGACCGACGCACACGACAUUGACUUGAAGAAGCAAGUGUGGGCCUACAAGAAGCAGCGUGAAAUAAUGAGACGCACCAAGAUGUAUCGCGGAGAACUAAGCCUGGGCCAUCCUAAAUUCUCAUCCGAGUCGCCCGCAGCGUGCAUCGAGACCGAGGCGGCGCUGUCUGGAGUCAAGGAUAUUGAAUACUCCGCCGAAGACGACAAGGCGAUUGAGCAAUGGAUCCGCGAGAACCUCAACACGACGUGGCAUUCGCUGGGAACGGCUAAGAUGGCGCCUCGAGAGAAGUUCGGUGUUGUCGACAGCAACCUGAACGUGUACGGCACGCAAGGCUUGAAGCUGGCGGAUCUGAGCAUUCCGCCGGAGAAUGUCGGGGCCAAUACGAAUAGCACUGCGCUGGUUAUUGGAGAGAAGGCGGCGGAUAUUAUUAUCAAGGAGCUGGGUUUGGCCGCUCAGGCUGCGAAGCUUUGA